AUGAAUCCCGAGAGGAAGAGCAUCCACAAUUACAAGUUUGUGGAACCUCCAUUGGCUGUAUUGAGAGGGUUGGGGGCAUGUUUAGACCUGACUCACAAAGACGCCUUCAAGGGAACGUAUGGUAACCUACUGGGUAUUCUGAACACCGAGGUCACCGCUGUGCACACCUUGGUACAAUUCUACGAUCCACCAUUUAGGUGCUUUACUUUCCAAGACUAUCAGCUAGCGCCGACACUGGAAGAGUAUUCUCAUAUUUUUGGUAUCAGGAUAAAGAACCAGGUGCCCUACAUCCGCACUAAGGAACUUCCUGAAUAUCGAGAACUUGCUGAAGCUCUGCAUAUGGGAAAUAAGGAGAUAGAAUUAAACCUGAAACCAAAAGGUGGAAUCCAUGGCUUCACCUCUAAGUUUCUCGUAGACAAAGCUAUCACUUUCGCUGAAGCUGGAAGAUGGAUGGCCUUCAACGCCCAUCUAGCUUUACUCAUCUAUGGGAUUAUCUUGUUUUCGAAUAUGGAAGAGUUCGUAGACUUGGCAGCUAUUCACAUCUUCUUGACUCCGAACCCGAUUCCCACUCUUCUUGCUGAUACUUAUUAUUCCAUUCACGUAAGGACCCAGAAGAAGAAAGGGACUAUCGUCUGUUGCACCCCUUUACUGUAUAGAUGGUAUAUUUUGCAUCUACCCAGUGAAGGUCCCUUCGUUGAGAACAAAUAUAAUCUGAAGUGGUCCCAGAGGAUCAUGUCCUUAAAAGCCGAAGACAUUCCUUGGUAUUCUCGAGUGUACGAUGGCGUCAAGCUUAUUCUCAAUUGUGGGGAUUUUCCUAAUGUACAUCUUCUUGGUACAAAAGGAGGAAUCAACUACAACCCGAGGUUAGCAUUACGACAACAUGGAUAUGCUAUGGUGGACAAACCUGAUCUCGAAAGUGUAGAAGGUUUUGUUUUGUACAAAGGAGUCAAAGAGCCAGAGUUGAUCAAGAAGAUUGUCAAGGCUUGGGGGUCGAUUUGUCCUCAAGGAAGAGCAGAGAUGGGUAAGAAGAAUUGUAUCGCUAAGGAAGCCUACACUAGUUGGGUCAAGAGCAGAGUCAGUGAGGUCUUAUUGUCAUUCCCGCCUGAACCUUCCAUGAACCUCCAAUCUUUUGAGAUAGAGAACCAUCCAAAUUCUGAGAUGGAUGAACUGAAGAAGGUUAUCAAGACUUUAGAGAAAGAGAAUGCCGAUCUCAAAUCUAAGCUUGCUAAGAUUUCAUUGGAGAAAGAGACCUUGAAAUUCAAUCUGAAUCAGAAGAGGGACCGAGUUCGCCAAGCUGAGGAUGAGGUACAAACCGAGUUUUUCAAAAGACUUAAAGUGGGUGACACCCUCAGAGGGACUUAUGCCAGUUUUACGAUCAAGAAGAAGCAGUUAGCCGAAGCCCAAUACCGAGCUGGUAAAGCAGAACUAGAACACAUGGAGCAAAUGAAGAAACUUCAAAGCCUGCUAGAAGCUUGUAAGAAGGAAUUGAAGGAUGAAAGAAGCCACAACAAACAGCUAGAAGUCACCCUUCGCCAGAACCAGUAUGGGCUGAAUCAGAAGCUGGAAGAAAUCCAAAAGCUGAAGGAGCAAUCACAUGGGAACCCAAACGACAACAACAUGCAGUUGAAUGAGCGUCCUGAAGACCCCUCCGACCGAGGGAAGACAAUUGUGAACAACCCCCCAGUUGAAGAAAGUGCGAUGUUGGGAAAAUGGAGCGCCUGCCUGUCUCCCAAAUCACAAGCUUAUUAUGAGGAGUUGUUGUCUAAUUGUUUCUAG